CAGCUCGGCGGUGGCGCGGGCGGCGGGGACGCAGCUGCCCCCGCGCUGCGCCCGCCGCACCCCCCGCAGUCACCGCCGUCUGGGCCCGGAGCCGCGGGCCGCGUCGUCGUCUGGCGGCUGCGGGCGGGGGCGCCUCGGGAUCCAUCUUCUGAAAACUAACUUUUCAAGAUGAAGUUUCUGUUGGCAGUUUUCUUUUUUAUUUUAAUUUCUUUUUGGGUUGAAGAAGCUUAUUCUAAGGAGAAGUCUUCAAAGAAAGGGAAGGGGAAAAAGAAGCAAUAUCUAUGCCCAUCCCAGCAAUCAGCAGAGGACCUUGCCCGAGUACCUGCCAACUCCACAAGCAAUAUCUUGAAUAGGCUAUUGGUUAGUUAUGAUCCCAGGAUAAGGCCAAAUUUUAAAGGUAUUCCUGUUGAUGUAGUAGUCAAUAUUUUUAUCAACAGUUUUGGAUCCAUUCAAGAAACAACAAUGGACUACAGAGUUAACAUCUUUUUAAGACAGAAAUGGAAUGAUCCUAGGCUGAAGCUCCCCAGUGAUUUCCGGGGCUCGGAUGCACUGACAGUGGAUCCCACAAUGUAUAAAUGUCUAUGGAAACCUGAUUUAUUUUUUGCAAAUGAAAAAAGUGCCAAUUUUCAUGAUGUCACCCAGGAAAACAUCCUCCUCUUUAUUUUCCGGGAUGGAGAUGUUCUUGUCAGCAUGAGGUUAUCCAUUACUCUUUCAUGUCCUUUGGACUUGACCCUGUUUCCCAUGGAUACGCAACGUUGCAAGAUGCAGCUGGAGAGCUUCGGUUACACAACUGAUGAUUUACGAUUUAUCUGGCAGUCUGGGGAUCCUGUUCAGUUAGAAAAAAUUGCCUUACCUCAGUUUGAUAUUAAAAAGGAGGAUAUUGAAUAUGGUAAUUGUACAAAAUACUACAAAGGCACUGGCUACUACACGUGUGUGGAGGUCAUCUUCACUCUCAGGAGGCAGGUCGGGUUUUACAUGAUGGGUGUCUACGCCCCGACCCUCCUCAUCGUGGUUCUCUCCUGGCUUUCUUUCUGGAUCAACCCAGAUGCCAGCGCAGCCAGAGUACCCCUGGGUAUCUUCUCGGUACUCAGCUUGGCCUCAGAGUGCACAACGCUGGCAGCUGAGCUUCCCAAAGUGUCCUACGUGAAGGCCCUGGACGUGUGGCUCAUCGCUUGCCUUCUCUUUGGGUUUGCUUCACUGGUGGAGUAUGCUGUUGUCCAAGUGAUGUUGAAUAAUCCCAAACGAGUUGAAGCAGAAAAGGCCAGAAUUGCUAAGGCUGAGCAAGCCGAUGGGAAAGGGGGAGCUGCUGCCAAGAAGAAUACCGUGAAUGGCACAGGGUCACCGGUCCACAUUAGCACUUUGCAGGUUGGUGAAACCAGAUGCAAGAAGGUUUGCACUUCCAAGUCUGAUUUGAGAUCGAAUGAUUUUAGCAUUGUUGGAAGCUUACCAAGAGAUUUUGAAUUAUCAAAUUACGAUUGCUAUGGUAAACCUAUUGAAGUCAACAACGGACUUGGGAAAUCUCAGGCGAAGAACAACAAGAAGCCCCCACCUGCCAAACCUGUCAUUCCCACAGCAGCAAAGAGAAUUGAUCUCUAUGCAAGAGCACUGUUUCCGUUCUGCUUCUUGUUCUUCAAUGUUAUAUAUUGGUCUAUAUAUUUAUGAUAAAUAUUUUCCAUUUGAUACAAUCUCAUCUCAUUGUGACCAGCCUCAUUAAUACAUGCCAAUCUGCAGAAAUUUUUGCAUUUUCAUAGCAAUAUAUUGCAUUUUGGAUGCCAUUUGAUUGUAACAAAAACCUGGCACCUUAAUUUUGAAUGGCAUGAUCUUGUUAUGUCUGUGCUUUAAUAAAGCUGUAUAUAUGUAUAGAAAACAUAUUGCUUUAAAAUAUAAGCAUUUCAUUGCUAAUGAAAUAUAAGCAUACUGCAUAAAAUAAAUCCAAACGAUUUUCUUCAGUUAGUGUAAAUUGCAAUUAUUUCAGAUAAUUCAGAUAAUAAAAUGAUGUGCACGCCAAAUCCUGUUGUGAUCGCCAUUCUAAUAUGUAGCAUUUUAAAUUUUCUUCCUUGUAACAUUCAGAGAAAGCCAUUCUAUUCUUGUAUAAUGUUAGAUGGUAUUGUCAUGGAUUUAGCAAAAUUAUAUUAAAUAUUAUUUCAACUUUGUGAGUAGUAAAAAUAUCAGUUAUAAAUAUGUGAGCUCUGUGGAGAAAUAAAGUUCCAAAAAUUGCUAAUUUGUAAAAUCAACUCAUUUUGAAGUGUGCCCCCAUGUAAUCAAAAUGUCAGAUGAUUAAAAACAUGGCAAACAUUUUUGAAACAAUGGAAAAUUUGGGUUUACUUAAAUACAUACUGAAUUCUAGUGUCUCAUAACAAGGGAAAGUUAUAUUAACUAUUUCUGAUAAAAAAUUCUAUUUAACCCACCUUUAAAAUCAAAUAUAUUUUCAUGAACUUUAUUUGUUGAUAUAGUAUAAAAAUUAAUUGUGCCUUAAAAAUCAUAAAUAUUUAAAAUUGAACUAUGAUAAUGAAUAUGUAAUUUUCAUAUUAUUUAAGAAACCAUGAGGAAAAAGUCUCCUGUUACUACCAAUAGCAAGUUGGAAAAACCAUAAUCAUUUAAGAAUUUAACUUCUUUAUUUUAUUAAAAAGUUUUUUUAAGUAAGAUUGAUUUUUUCUGAAUUUUUCAUGUUUAUUAUUUUUUAAAAAUUGCUUGAAACAUUUAAAUAUUAAGUGAUGUUUGUCUGUGUUAAACCUCAUUAACUCUUUAGUUUCUUUCCUGCUAAAAGUCUAGACUAUUUAGAUUUACUUUGAUCUUUUUCCAAACUGAAAAUAGGCACCUUCUGCUCUACAAGACUUGCAUUUCCUAAUAAUAUCGCAGUCAAUGUACCUUUUUAUUUAUGCAUUAGCUAAAAUAGCAUUAUCUGUGGUUCAGAAAAUAUGAACAUAUGUUUAAAUAAGUAUAUUUACAUGAUUUGGAGUUUUUUGUUGCAGCUGAGUAUUUGUAUGGUCAACUCAUUGACAAAAUGUGGUUAGAUGUUAUUGAUGCAAAUUGGCAUAUGUAACUCAGUGCUCUUUUUUAAGAGUUUAAUUUUUUAAAUAUUCUUCCACAUUGCUAGUUUUUAAAAUAAUAACCUGUAAUUUAAUACUCUGUAAUCCUUCAGCACUCUAGUUAUGAAAGUUUAGCUGUGAACAGUUUUAUAAUGCCACAGUCACUCUGCUGAUGGAUUUUAAUAUUCUGCAAAGACCGGAGCAAUAUCAUUUUAAUGGAACUGUGAUUGAAAAAAAUGUUCAAAUAGGAUUUAAGCCUAUACAAAAUUUUAUUUAUAUUAAUAAUAUUUGCUAAUUUAUAUCCUUUAUUUUUGCAAAAUUGCAAUAUUCUUAUUAGGGAGUUUGAUUUUAAGGCAGUGUUUUAAGUACAAGACAUACAAAUGGAAGAUAUUUCUUAUAUAGGAAUUUAUUUGUUGAAAAUAAUGUGAAUGACUUUCUGUAAUAUAGUAUUUUAGCCUCUUCAAUUUUAAUACACAUAAAGAUAUAUGUGCAUAUAUAUUAUAUAUACCAAUCCCAACAUUAAGUACCUAUAUAUAAAAUGACAAAUGGAACAUUAGUGAUCUUUAAAAAAAAGUAUUAUCAGUGUCCACUAACAUUUCCUUUAUAAUUGUAAUCUCAAAGAUUUAGCCACUUAACUCCAGAAUUGCUGUGGUCUGAGUACUUUAAAUAUUUUGUGUUUUUAGGAGACUGGCAGUAUAUCAAUCUGAAUAUCAGUAUCUCAAAUUCAAUGUCUACAAAAUAAAAACUCUUCUCACAAGUCAA